GAUAGCGAGACAAUCAUGUUGGACGGACUCCAUGUAAAUGGUCAUGAUGAGACAAUAAGUUCAACACGUAUAAACAAUAUUCUGCUGAACCAGACACCAGCAGGUCCUGCACCCUCCAUCACUAGCCAGCGGCUUUUCUAGAUCCUUCACCCUUGUGAUAUCGAACUACCACUCUCACAAAGAUCUUUGUUGGUUCUGGUUUUGUAGCCCGACCAUACAUCCAGUGGAAUUGAGGUCUGGUUUCAAAAAAAGCUUCGAACAUAUUGCAAGUAAUCCGUCUUCCCAAAUUGAUACACAACUUCUCUUGAAGCCGGUCGUGAUUUUGCUAUAUCAGUUGGAGAAAUCAAAUUAAAUUCCCAAGUACGAGUAGGAUUCAUUACUUUGUGAGCUGAGUAGAAUGAACAGCCUUGAAAAAUUUGCUAGCUUCAAAGAUGGAUCUGGCUUUGCAGCUGAAACAGUGCAAAUGGCACAGCAAGUAACGAUAUUGCCUUCUAUAUUCGUUGGUGAAGUUAAUGUCGGCAGGAGUAGGAGUAGGACCAAUUAUAGGAAAAAAUUUAGUCCACUGGCCAUCCAAGUGCCUUUUUCAUCAUUGCCAGCGGAAGAGGGUGGAAAUCUGACAGAAUUCAAAAGGAUCACUGGCUCAGACACAGCUCUAACAAGAUGCAAAGUACCUGAUUCCUGGAUGGGCCAUGAGAAUACUGUGGGAAUCAUUGGUGGCUUAUCUGCUUCCUCAACAGCUAUUUUCCUGGCAAAACUUGUUUGGGGGAGUUCAAGGAACGAGAAAGAAUCCGUGCCUUUUAUUGUCUGCAGUGACUCAACCAUAAAGAGUGAGCUUUCCAUGAAUAGUACUCGCAGCAAUGAUUCUCGAAUUCAAUUGCAUCGUGGAGUAAUUAUAGAGAAUUUGAGAUGCAAAAUGGCAUUUUUGGAGCAGUCUGGAGCACGAUGUAUUGUCAUGCCAUGCCAUGUAUCUCAUGUCUGGUAUAGAGAGAUCUCCAAUGGAUGUUCAGUGACAUUUCUCAAUGCAGGAGACUGCGUUGCCAGUGAGCUCAAAGAAGCAAAACUAAAGCCACUUGAAGGUGGUAGUAAGGUGCGAGUUGGGGUGCUGGCAAGAGAUACACCUUUGGUGGGAACUUUCUAUCAGGAGAAGCUACAGCGUCAGGGCUUUGAGGUUGUUUUACCAGAUAAUCCAACCACGGAGCACAUAAUAAUUCCAGCAUUCGAAGCACUGAACCAAAAGGACAUAGAAGGGGCCAGAAAUCUUUUAAGGGUUGCAAUUCAGAUUCUUCUGGUGAAGGCUGUCAACAUCAUUAUACUAGCUGCUGAUGAAUUUCAAGGUCUUUUACCCGGCAGCGAUCCUCUUCUCAAGAAAUGCAUUGACCCUCUGGAUUCUUUGGCCAGAUCAACUAUCCAAUGGGCGAGAUCAACUAAAGAUGGCAUGGCACAUAGAACUUGGUUAACAAAUAAAUAGCACAAGGA